AUGGCACUGGCACCCAGCUCGCCAAGGCUGCCCAGCCCUCCGCCAGCUGCGGAGAUCCAGAUGACCCCCAACUCACCAUCCAGCGGCGCAGUUGUGACACUCGAAGCAACGCAAAUGGAACAGUCUCUACUCGAUGCCAACUCGAAACGAAGAAUACAUCCCGGCACCAAGGCCGCUGAUAUGGCUGCUGGACCGCCAUUGGUGCCUCUGAGCGAAUUGGAAUCGGCAUUCUCGCUCCAGGAGCACCUUGCUGCUCUGCAUUACAACCUCACAGAGCAGGGCACUCGAGCGCUGACGAGGGCGACGGCCCACCAAAUUGCACAACCGCCGACGGGCAUCGAUCGAACCCUGUGGCUCUACGAGCUUUGCCGAUUCCUCAUCUCGCAAUGCAACACACUUAUUGUUGGGUUUUUGUUUGACACACCGCCCUGCAGUGCCGCUACCUGUCCAGAGAUGCGCGCGUCCGAAUGGCAGUUCCUGUGCGCCGUGCACGAACAGCCUAAGAGCUGCUGCGCAAUUGACUAUUGUUGCCAUACUCUCGAUUGGGCUGCUAACGUGGUAUCGGAUCAAAAUAUCUUCCCCAGUCGAUUUGUGAUAUUGAACGACACGCAGAGCAAGAAUGUUGGCCUCAAGAAUCUGGUCAACGUUUUUCGCCGUCUGCACCGCAUUUUUGCUCACGCGUGGUUCCAGCAUCGCAGUGUUUUCUGGGCGGUUGAGGGGCAGAGCGGGCUAUAUGUCUUCUUCAAGACAGUAUGCGAUCUUUAUGACUUGCUACCGGCCGAGAACUACAAACUCCCGCCCGAGGCCGAGGGCCUUGAAGCAUCAGAUAUUGGCCUUGACAAGGCUUCGAACAAGUCAUCCAGCGCGACUGCACCCCCGAGACCUUAUUCGAGGAUCCUGAAGCCAAGCUCCCAGCCACAACAAAACACCAGCGGCGCAACAACUUCCGAAGACAACCUGCAGCCGCAUGGACGGACUACGACGAGGCGGCAUGUUAGAAGCAGCCCCUCGACAGGCAGCGCCGUGAUGACUGUGAUGGAAACGGACGAGGAGGAGACGGACGCAGUGACAAGAGAACUCGAUAACAUGCACCUGGGGUUUUCAUCACCGCCGAAAUUGUCCGGGUUCUCAGACGAACCAGAAGCUGCAGAAGUGCCUGCCGCGAAGGAGGCAGUGGAUGGAAGACCACUGGCACGAUCAACCGAGACACAUAAGGCUGACGAUAAACCCGAGGAGCCUGAAAAGACUGGCGCAACAAAGGCCGCCACCGAGGAGACAGAGGUAGAGCCGGCAGUUGCUGAAAAGAGCGCUAAUCAUGCCGAGCCCGCCGAGAGACCCCCCGCCACCACAGCAGCUCCAGACACAGCGUCGCCCACGGACCCGCCCUCCGCCGAGGCACAGACGAAGGAGCCAGCAGCGGAGAGCGCGGACACCACUUCUGCCGACCGGGACGGGCCAGCCGCGGCUGGACAAGACAUCGAGGCCGCUAACGAAGCAGCAGACCCCUCCUCGGCCGGUGGCGGUGGCGGCGAGGGUACCGCGACGACUGAGACUCCGGCGACGACAGCCGCAGACUCGCCUUCGGCGACGGAAGAAGUAGCGGCAAAGGAAGAUGACCAGAAAGCCGCAGUGUAA